UUACUGAUAGACGGCACUGACUGGCAUCACUGCUGGGCACUGACUGGUGGUACUGACUGGCACAACCCCUGGGCACUGACUGGCGGCACUGACUGGCAGCACUGCUGGGCUGCACUGGUGGGUGGCACUGGUGGGCAGCACUGGUGGGUGGCACUGGUGGGUGCACUGCUGGGCACAGGUGGGCGGAACUUGCGGGUGGCACUGCUGGGCACCGAUCAUCAGGGCACUGAUCAUCAGUGCCCUGAUGAUCGGUGCCGAUCCCCGCUCUGACAACUGCCGGUUCUCGGCAGUACUUUCCUCAUGAUCUGACAGCGUGAGGAAAGUGCAGCCGAGAACCAGCACUUGCAU